CCAGGAGACGGUUGAAGACGUUUGAGGCGCAGCGACGAUGGAGAAGUAUGAGAAAAUCAAAGUUGUUGGGAGAGGAGCUUUCGGGAUCGUCCACCUGUGCCGCAGGCGCAGCGACGGGGCUUUCGUCAUCCUGAAGGAGAUCCCGGUUGAGCAGAUGUCAAGGGACGAACGCUUGGCUGCCCAGAACGAGUGUCAGGUGCUGAAGCUGCUCAACCACCCAAACAUCAUCGAGUACUAUGAGAACUUCCUGGAGGACAAGGCCCUGAUGAUAGCCAUGGAGUACGCACCAGGUGGGACGCUGGCUGAAUACAUCCAGAAGCGCUGUAACUCCCUCCUGGAUGAGGACACCAUCCUCCACUUCUUUGUGCAGAUCUUGCUCGCUCUCUACCACGUUCACAACAAACUGAUUCUGCACCGCGAUCUCAAGACUCAGAACAUUCUGCUGGACAAGCACCAGAUGAUCGUCAAAAUCGGAGACUUCGGCAUCUCGAAGAUCCUUGUCAGCAAGAGCAAGGCGUACACGGUGGUGGGGACUCCCUGUUACAUCUCUCCAGAGCUGUGUGAGGGAAAGCCGUACAACCAGAAGAGCGACAUCUGGGCUCUGGGCUGCGUCCUGUACGAGCUGGCCAGCCUAAAGAGAGCUUUUGAGGCGGCUAAUCUUCCCGCCCUUGUCCUGAAGAUCAUGAGCGGAACCUUUGCUCCAAUAUCGGACCGCUACAGCCCAGAACUCCGGCAGCUCAUCCUCAACAUGCUCAACCUGGACCCAUCCAAACGGCCCCAGCUCAAUGAAAUCAUGGCUUUGCCCAUCUGCAUCCGGCCGCUGCUUAAUCUCUACACAGACAUUGGCAAUGUGAAAAUGCGCCGGAUUGAGAAACCGCUGUCGACCGUUCAGCCGCUAGGCAGACCAGGAGGAAGAGUUCCUGCUAACCGGACCAGAGAUGCAUCGGCGGGUUUGGGUUCAGGAAAGGUGCAUUCUCUCCCGCUAUCCUCCGUGUAUACGUGGGGAAGUGGGAUAACGGCGCCUCUCCGGCUGCCGAUGCUGAACACCGAAGUGCUUCAGGUCUCACUGGGCAGGACUCAGAAGAUGGGAGUUACCAAGUCCGGCCGCCUGAUUACCUGGGAGGCUCCCUCUGUUGUGUGUGGAGAGGCCAGUCUUCCAGGCCUGGGGGAUCAGAUGCAGCCGCUAUUCAUUUCCCGUUUCCUCGAGGGUCAGUCAGGGGUCACCAUCAAGUCCGUGUCCUGUGGUGAUCUGUUCACCACCUGCAUGACAGACAGGGGUAUUAUCAUGACAUUUGGAAGCGGAAGCAAUGGCUGUCUGGGACAUGGCAACUUUAAUGAUGUAACACAGCCUAAGAUUGUGGAGGCUCUCUUGGGCUAUGAGUUGGUCCAGGUGUCCUGCGGAGCUUCUCAUGUCGUCGCUGUGACCAAUGAAAGAGAGGUGUUUGCUUGGGGAAGAGGAGACAAUGGUCGCCUCGGCCUGGGCACACAGGACACACACAACAGUCCCCAGCAGGUGUGUCUGCCUGCAGAGUUGGAGGCUCAGAAGGUGGUGUGUGGCGUGGAUUGCUCCAUGGUUGUCAGCACGCAGUGGAACAUUCUGGCAUGUGGAAGCAACAGGUUCAACAAGCUUGGUCUGGACAUGAUUACAGCUGGGGAGGAACCGAAUCAUGUGAAUCAGGUUGAAGAAGUUCAUUCUUACACUCCGGUUCAGUCAGCCCCACUCAACUCUGAGAGGAUAGUUUACGUCGACAUUGGAACAGCCCAUUCUGUUGCUGUCACAGAAGAGGGCCGGUGUUAUACAUUUGGCAGCAACCAGCACGGUCAGAUGGGCUGCAGCUCCCGGCGCACCAGCCGUGUGCCCUACCAGGUGCUCGGCCUGAAGGACAUCACCUUGGCCGCAUGCGGUGACGCCUUCACCCUGGCCAUUGGAGCUGAAGGUGAGGUGUACACGUGGGGGAAGGGGGCCCGUGGUCGCCUCGGAAGAAAAGAAGAGGAUUGUGGGAUACCGAAGCCGGUGCAGCUCGAUGAGAGCCAUCCGUUCACAGUGACAUCGGUGGCCUGUUGUCAUGGCAACACCCUACUGGCAGUCAAACCUUUGUUCGAGGAUCCUGGUUCCAGAUGACUUUGAGCUGAACAGAUACGAUGGAGACCUUCCCUAGUCCCUCCUCAAUCCUCCUCUGCAUCCGGUCCAUUUGUGUGUGUGUUUUUUUCUAACAAACAAAUAUUCGUUUUGGUUUAUUGAACACACACUGGCGGUCAGAACCAGUGGGAGGAAACAGGUGUAUCGCACUCCAUUCAUGCCAAAGGAAUGUCGCAACAUUGAUACUGAAGCUGGAUUACUGCAGUUCAUUAGGCCGCUUAUCAUGUGUUGAGUGAUUGUCUUCCCCCACGUGCAGCUUUUCUGCCGUGAAAAGCCAGCGAAAGUCAAACAGGUUUUGUUCCCUCUUAAGACGGCCGGAUGAAUGAGACGAAAAGACUGAAAGAUGAAGUCAAGAGACGAGAGCGCGAGGAGGGGAGUUGGGUUUUUGGGCUCUUUAUUGGAUUAGUGCUGCAAACACAAACAAGCAGCGUUCAGACUAGAUAAUGAGGAGGGAGUGGCGGGGGGGACGUAAGGGGACACGUUACCCCGCUUGUUCAGACACAUUCACAGAUUCUUCAAAGCGGAGAAUAGCAGCCUGUAGAGUAAACAGGCAGCUAUUCAUGCCACCGCCAGCGGUAAACAACGUACUACUACCGCCGUUGUUUUCAUUCUACCGUAGGAAUUUUUACUGGCUGAACAGCUGAGACAGUUUUCACGCCAUAGAGACCAAAAAUGGUGAGAGGCAGAUAACAACGUCUUUCCGGCUUCAAUUACAUGCCUCCCAUAGAGUUGAAACCAGAUAUUUGCAUGUACUGAAUAAAUAGGCACAAGCACAUUUUUUUGUUGUUCUUAUUUCUCAGUGUCUGAAGUUAAAUCAGACCAAACUGUCCUUCUUCUAGGUUACUUAGAAUUACCCAAAUUAUUUCUAUUUGCUCAAUGCCAGAAAACUUGGUGAGAACAUUUUUUAGAAAUUUUUUGUUUAUUUUUACUUUCUUCAAAUUAGAAAAUGUACGUAUAUUUGGUCGUAGAUGACUGUCUUUUUAAGCUGUAGAACUUAAAUUUGAAGAAAAAAAAAAAUCUAAAACGUUUUCCGACAUUUUUAGCAGACAGAAAUAAUUUUGGUAUUUCUAACUGGCCUGAAUCAAGAAAAGUUUGGUCUGAUUUAACUUCAGACAGUGA